AUGGAAAAGGCCAGUUCUGGGCCCAACAAUGUGGCGAAAGCCACAGUGGCACUUAGUGUUGUCAGCAUCCUGAUUCUUGGAGCAGUUUUGACAAUGUUGAGCAUUCAACUGGACGAGGCUCAUGAACGUCUUCAGAACCGAAUGGGAUCUUUCAAGUUCGUUGCUCGCAACAUUUGGCAUGACAUCGUUUUGGUGAAGAGCAAUGGAAGAAUCAGGAGACAAUACGGGGGAUAUGGAGCUGAUAGUGCUCAAGGCGACAACCAACAGUGCACAUCUUGUGUUCAACUCAGAUGCCCACCAGGACCACCUGGACCACCAGGAGUUGGCGGAGAAGCUGGAAUGGAUGGAGCUAAUGGACGACCUGGAAAGCCGGGACUCGAUGGUCUUGACGUUCCACUUGACCCUGAACCAGCAUUCCCAUGCGUUAUCUGCCCAGCCGGACCACCAGGAACUCGCGGACCACAAGGAGAAGUUGGCCGUCCAGGACAACCAGGAGAACCGGGACAUCCAGGACUUCCAGGAAGACCAGGAAAGCCAGGACGUGUUGGAGAUGCAGGACCACAAGGAGAACCAGGAGAACAGGGAGAGCCAGGAAUCAAAGGACCACCAGGAGAUGAUUCGAUUGGAGGUACUGGAAUCAAGGGACCUCCAGGACCACCUGGACCAAGAGGACCCAAGGGCCCACCAGGAUCCAAUGGACUUCCAUCGCAGAACAGUGGGCCACCAGGACCAAUCGGAGAGAUGGGACCACCAGGUCCACCAGGACCAAGAGGAGAGCCAGGACCACCAGGACCAUUUGGACCACCAGGAGAUUCUGGAGAGCCAGGAGGUCACUGUCCAUCGUCUUGCGGUGUUCAAGAAAUCGUUGCCCCGUCAGUUUCCGAGUUGGAUACCAAUGAUGAGCCAGAGAAGCCAGCUCGUGGUGGUUAUUCUGGUGGCGGUUAUGGAAAGAAGUAA